UUCCAGCGCGUUCAAUCGGGUCCUUACCCGCUACAAUCGCCAUGGCCGACACAGACGAGGCCGCCAUCAACCUCCCCGCCCAGGACGCGGGCGCACACAUCGAGGUCGACCUCUCGGAUGAGACGCAGGACUUUCGCAUGCUGAACAGCAUUUCCUUCCUCACAGAUGGAUCGCAAACCAGUCUCCCGAAACGGGGAGAGAAGGAUUUCGAACCGAACCCGACCUUGUUCCAGGCCGACAUUCUCUCCGCCUCCCGGCAGGCAAUGCACAAUGCCCUCUCAUACCCCCGUCUCCACCACCCCAAGCACCACGUCACAGGCGUUUACGCCCCCAAUGGACCUACGCCUCCGCGAUCGGCCCAGACCAUCGAGACGACGAUAUCCGAGGAAUCCCAGGCCAAGAAACCCGCCACUACUGAAGUAGGCGUCCCCGCGGAAUCAUGCGUCUACAUAUCCGCCCCAAAGGGACAGCUUUUCAAGACAAUCGGUCAGGCCGAUCGGUGGAAUCGCAUCUGGCUGCUCCCGGAGGAGGCUCUGUAUCUGCUCGAGAGAGGGAGUCUGGAUAUUCGGUGGCCGUGCUCGGAGGUCGGAGAUGGCGACGAGGAUGGCACGGAGGAUUCAGGGAUUCCCAUGAGCUUGCAGGCUGCUUACGCGGCUUUCAUGGGGCGGAGUGGGCUGACCAGUGAGCGGUUCUCGGUGUAUACGGGACUGAGGCGGCUGGGGUAUACGAUCACUCGUGCGCCCGGGUGGUACAAUGAAGAGGAGGGCGCGGAUGUCAGCGAAUCAGAGCAGACGUCGUUGAUGAGGCAGCAGGGUCCUGGUCUGGCAGGGAUCUUUGGGCGCUUUCUCCAAUGGCUAUACAGACCUGAUGAGCCUACGACGGCUUUGGGACCUGUUGCCGGUCUUGGGUUUCAUCGCAGUUAUGAGGAGAUAUAUCGGAAGCUCUCCAUAAUCCCGUGGUAUGAUCCAACCACCGCACCAUCUCCGGCUCCGCGUACAACACCGCCCUACCGUGUUGUGUUCCACAUCUACAAACCAUCCACACCCUUCAAGAAGUCCGCGCCGCCGGUCCCGGACUUCAGAAUUGCCGUCGUGAACGCGCGCACUCAUACCACCUUUCCGCUACUGUCUCAACUCGGAGCAUUGCUCGAAAGCACUCCUUUGGACCCACCCACAGAGAGGAUGAGCCGGCAACUAUACAUGCGGUUACGCCACGGGUACCGGAACGUGAUUCUAGCCGUCGUGGACGAGGGCGUUGUGAGCUAUCUCCGAAUCGCGGAUUCGGCAUUUGGCAAGGAACAGAUCUACAAGGAGAAGAACGUGAGAGGGAACAAAGGACCGCCCCGGCCGCGGCCCAAGGGGCGCUGAGAGCACCGAGCACGAAGGGCUGCAUUGCACAACCUGCUCGACGUAUGCUACCCGGAUACCCGAUGAAGCACAAGAGCAUGUUUCCCCUGGAAUGGAAUAGAUAAAAGACCCGCAUGUCCACGGAGGAUCGGACAGGGGCCGGGUAGAGGGGGUCAUAACCAAUCUGCCAUCAUCUUUAGAACAUCCGUCCAUGGAUGUGAGAGGACGGAUGUAGAUGCUCAAAUGGCUGGCCAGCGGCUGGCUGUCUGGUAUGCCGAGAAGGCGAAUAUACCGGGCGGAAGGACAGGGACAUUAUCCAGGAUAUGUCUAUCGGCUUGUUCCAGAUCUAUACCCGACCUCCGCACCAUAUAGCCAUCCUAGUAGAUUUCCAUAAACGAGAUCGA